AACACGUUAUAAACAAAGUGACAUACACCAUUUGGAAAUCAUCUUAUCGGUUACGAUUCUUCGCCGCCUCUUACCGGACCGGCGUAGUCUCACCGUUCAUUCCUCUUCUCUUCUCUCACAUCUCAAUCGCGUUUCCAUUUCGCAACCCCCUUCUUCCAAAUCUCUCUGCACUCUCUUCUCAGUAUCCAAAUCAACUUCACGGAGUGAAGCUUGUGGUGCCCACUUCAUUCAAUAAAGAUGAACACCAUCCAUGUUGCCGCAAGCAAUCCUGGGAUCUGCAUCAGAAAAAAGUAUCAGCCACACCAUUUUCUUUCUACACCACAUGGAUUGUCAAUGAAUGCCAACCCUCUCUCUAGGACCUUCCUGAUCCCAAGAGCAAAAUCUUCAUCUGGCUUACAAUGUUUGCCUGUUUUAAAAUCUCGGAAACCGCUCCAUGUUUGUUUAGCUGGUGGGAAAGGGAUGAUGGAUAAUAGUGAGGAUUCCCAGCGGAAAUCUCUGGAGGAAGCUAUGAAAAAUUUACAAGAAAAAAUCCGAAAGGGAGAAUACAGUGGGGGAAGUGGGUCCAAGCCACCAGGUGGACGAAGUGGUGGCGGCGGCGGCGACGGCUCUGGUGGAUCAGAGGAUGGAAUGUCGGAUGAGGCCCUUCAAAUUGUUUUUGCAACAAUUGGCUUUAUAUUUGUGUAUAUCUAUGUCAUCAACGGCGUGGAACUUACAAAGCUAGCUAGGGACUUCAUCAGGUAUCUGCUUGGAGGAACUCAGAGUGUUCGAUUAAAGCGAGCAUCAUACAAAUGGGUACGACUUUAUAAGAAGAUUACUGGGCAAAAGGAAGUUGAUGAGGAUGGGUUGGAAAAUGCUCCGGCCCGAUGGAACAUCGUUGAUUUCUACAGAGAUGUCGUUAGGAAUUACAUGAAACCAAAUUCAAAUGAGUAGAGAUUAGGAGCAGCUCUAGAUCCCCACAUUGUUGAACCUGAUGAAUAGGUGCAUUUGUGGUUUUGUUUGGGAAUAAUUCUUUUAGUUUAAUCAAAUUUCAAAAUUUCUUA